AUGGUGAAGAACAGCUUUGAUGCGUAUUGGGAAGCCAGCCAGGAGGGGCGGGAUGAAAUCGUUCGAGGGAUUGUGAAUCAAUUUCCGCCCGAUGUUACGAUAAGAACGAGGAAGUUCCUCAAGGCGAAGAAAGACGGAAUAGACAACGAAGAACAAGAGACAAGCGAAGGAUUUCCUUGCGCUGAAGAUAUUAUUUUCUGGUAUAAAAAUGGCAGUUAUCCCAAGACUCGCGGUACCCUGAAGUUCGAAGAAACCAUUUUGUUGACCCUUUCGGCGCUUCAAAAUACAGGAAGGGAAAAUCUACUUUAA